AGGAGGUAACAGCUGUGAGCGCGAAACAUUCCUCAUCUUUAUUCUAGACCUAAUUUUUGAAACAGUUGAAUAAAUAGUUCGACAUCUAAAUAAAAUAACGUGCAAACCAUGGAGUAACUUAACUAAAUCUAUAGUUACUGGUAAAGUCGGAAAUUAUUGGAAAGCGUGAAACUAACUGUUACGAAAUAACUACAGAAUUAUCGAUUUUUGUGUGUUUUAAAUUGACGGCAGCAGUGAGAUUGUGUACUUUGCGUUGUGGUCGCUCGGAUGGGUUUCAUAAGGAUUUAUAAACUGUAGGUGUUUUGAGGUCUGCAAAACAGGCGCAAGAAAUCGAUAAACGCGUAAAACUGUGGGAGUCGAUCCCGUUAUACAGUACGAAUGUGAAAGGGAGGGAUAUACACAGCGUGGCUUACUGUUGUAUCUCUGAAACAAUUUUCAGCGAUAUAUUAUAAAUAGUGAUAAAUUUAACGUUUCUGCUUCAAUUAAUUGCUGAAAGACUGAAAAAGAUGGCUGGCGGUGGAGAUCCAAAGUGGCAAAAGGAUGCUGCAGAUCAAAAUUUUGAUUAUAUGUUCAAGUUGCUCAUCAUUGGAAACAGCUCUGUCGGCAAAACUAGUUUCCUGUUUCGCUAUGCGGAUGAUUCGUUCACUUCAGCAUUCGUGUCUACUGUCGGUAUCGACUUCAAGGUGAAAACCGUCUUUCGCCAUGACAAACGUGUAAAACUUCAAAUAUGGGACACUGCAGGGCAAGAACGCUACCGCACAAUAACUACGGCAUACUAUCGAGGGGCUAUGGGCUUCAUUCUAAUGUACGAUAUCACUAAUGAGGAGAGCUUCAAUAGUGUCCAGGAUUGGGUAACACAAAUUAAAACCUAUUCAUGGGAUAACGCACAAGUGAUACUGGUGGGUAAUAAAUGCGACAUGGAGGAAGAACGUGUGGUCAGUGCAGAACGUGGAAGACAGUUGGCUGAUCAGCUUGGAGUAGAGUUCUAUGAAACAAGUGCUAAGGAAAACAUCAACGUUAAGGCUGUGUUUGAACGGUUGGUCGAUAUAAUUUGCGACAAGAUGUCAGAAAGUCUCGAUUCGGAGCCCGCCAUGUUGGCUGGUGGAGCCCGCGGUCAACGUCUGACAGAACAACCACAAGGCAAUAGCAACCCUAAUUGUAACUGUUAAUAGAAUACACUAUACAAUGAAAAGUUAUUGCUUCUUCAGCUGUUUUAUCAUAGUUUAUUUAUUUGUUUUACUUCUUUCAAAUUGAAGAUUCUACUAUAGAAAAUAAAUAAAGUCUAAUUAAUAUUUUA